AUGGCGAAUUAUGGCAUUUCCGCUCGCCUGCUGCGCCUGGCGCGGCCAAAGCGCUUCUUCUACACCAUGACGCUGUCGACUGGCGCCAGCCUCAUUACCCUCUCGAUGCUUGUCAACAAACUUGCGGGUCUCUACGGCAUUCUCGCACUGUUCACAGGCUACCACCUUUCGCCCUUCCAGCUGUCCAUGUACAUCUACUCCACGAUCGCACUCGUGCUUACCGCCUACCUUGCCCGACAUAUCCGAAAGCAGUCACCCCUGCAAUGUCUUGCCCUUGCAUGGUUCUACGUCCUUGACAGUAUAGUUAACGCCGCAUACACCGCCGUCUUCGCAGCGACUUGGUUCUUGGUGCUUGCGCAGCAUGACGCGGGGCAGAGCGAGAAGAAAGGACCGGGCGCAUCAACCAUGGACGAAGUAGCAGGGUUCACGGAUCCCCAACUGAACGUUUCAAGAGUCGAAGUCGUGGCUACACCCAAUCCUCCGUUGGCUGGUUCCGGUCAGGACGCCGUGGCUGGCGGAGUACCUGCUUCCAGUGCCGCGAGCAGCGGUAGCAACGGCGCAUUACAAUCCGCCGUGCUAGACACCCAAAACAUGAAUUCUGUGGGUGUCAUCAUCGCCAUGUGGACCAUUCGAGCGUAUUUCUGCUUGAUCAUGCUCGCCUUCGCCCGCAUGGUGAUCCGCCAACAUAUCGCCUCUACAGGAUCUAAGACGGGCGUCGAUUACACCGCUGCAUCAACGAAUGCGCAGUUGGCAGAGAACCCAUUCUCCGAAAGCAGACCCGAGGGACAGGGAUGGCGAGGCAAACUUGGCCGAUUCUUGAUUGGCAUCGGCCGGAGUUACUGGCUGGGCAGUGAUGAGGAUGAUAGCUGGAUGUACGGCAUGGGUGGGAAAUUCCGCAAGAGCGGUGUUGCUGGCGAGGACAGUGGGUUCAUGCUCAGUAAAAUCGAAAGUGGACCUACCGAAAGAGAGAGGAGAAGACGAUCGGGAACGGGACCGCCAGCGCCGGCUCCGGGUGUUGUCCCUGGUGUUGCUACCGUGGAGGGGGACAAGAUGACAUUACAAGUGCCUCCUUCGCAGAACGUGUGA